AUGACAGAAGCAUCUUUAAAAGAUCGUGGUGAAGAGUCACUUCACCAACAAGAUAUCAUGUCGGACCCACCGCAAAACUACGGUCACCCACCACCAGACAUAAUGCCUAAAGGACUAGCUAUAAACGGUGUGGGAGGAAGAUUGCGUCAAUUAGAAGCCCUAUUUAGUGGUGGUCCAGUACAGGGAGGAAAAUCGGGCCAUAUCUUUUCCAUUGAAACUCUCAUCGAUAUCUUAUUAGUUUUAUAUGACGAGUGCUGCAACUCCUCUUUACGCCGAGAAAAGACUGUUUCGGAUUUCAUAGAGUUUGUGAAACCAGUAGCCACUUGUAUAAAGAGUUUGCAGUUAGCGCGCGAGGAUUUUGAGAUUAUAAAAGUAAUUGGGAGAGGUGCAUUUGGGGAAGUAUGUGUGGUACGAAUGCGAGGUUCGGACAAGGUCUUCGCCAUGAAAAUCUUAAACAAAUGGGAAAUGCUCAAGCGAGCGGAGACCGCGUGCUUCAGGGAAGAGCGAGACGUUCUCGUUUACGGAGAUCGACGAUGGAUCACGAACCUCCAUUAUGCCUUUCAGGAUGACAAUAAUCUGUACCUGGUAAUGGAUUAUUACUGCGGGGGAGACCUAUUAACUUUACUCAGUAAAUUUGAAGACCGACUUCCAGAAGAUAUGGCUCGUUUUUAUAUUGCCGAAAUGGUGCUAGCCAUCGGAUCGAUUCACGAUUUAAGGUAUGUUCAUCGAGACAUCAAACCUGACAACGUUUUGCUCGACGCUAACGGACACAUUCGAUUGGCUGAUUUUGGCUCCUGUCUUCGGUUAUUCGAAGACGGAACGGUUCAAAGUAACGUCGCGGUUGGCACGCCGGAUUAUAUCUCUCCAGAAAUUUUAAGGGCAAUGGAAGACGGACAGGGUCGAUAUGGACCUGAAUGUGAUUGGUGGUCUCUGGGUGUCUGUAUGUAUGAAAUGCUUUACGGUGAAACGCCUUUUUACGCCGAAUCUCUAGUCGAAACCUAUGGAAAAAUUAUGAAUCAUAAGAAUUGUUUUGACUUCCCGACCGAGGAUAUUUUCGAUGUUUCCGAGGAAGCGAAGGACCUGAUGCGAAAAUUGAUUUGCAGUUCGGAAUUUAGGCUAGGACAAAAUGGAAUUGAAGAUUUUAAGAAACAUCCGUGGUUUGAAGGUGUAAAUUGGGACAUUAUGCGAGAUAGCACAGCGCCCUACAUUCCUGAAGUUUCUUCGCCGACGGACACUUCGAACUUUGACGUCGACGACACAGAUGUUCGUAGUUCCGAUGCCGUUCCUCCAGCUGCGAAUUCUGCCUUUUCGGCCUUGCAUCUUCCAUUCGUGGGAUUUAGUUUCACUCAAGGAAGCUGCAUAUCUGAUCUCGGAUCUCUACCCGUCUUUUCACAGAAGGAAAAGAAUCUAAAAAUGCUAGAAGAGGAAAAUGCUCAACUAUCUCAGACAGUUGCUGACCUAAAAAAUCAGGUUACUCAUGCCUCGCCUACGAUAUCGCCCGAUUCUAAUAACGCAACGAGAAAACUUCAGGAUGAAAUAAACACUUUAACGAAACGAAAUUGUGAACUAGAAUCUCAACUCAAAUCUCUUGAAGUACCCCGUGAGCUGCGAAAUAUAGACAACGGGGAAUUGACGAAGCUUCGUGAGCUGGAAAAACUGGUGCGAACUCUCCGAAUGGAAAAGGACGAAGCAGUGAAAGAUAAGCAGGACGCUCAGGAGAAAUUUAAACUUCAAGACAAGGAACUCAAAGACGCUUUGACUCAGAGAAAGCUCGCCAUGGCGGAAUACACAGAAGUGACUGAUAAAUUAUCCGAGCUUCGGCAGCAGAAGCAAAAAUUAUCGAGGCAAGUCCGAGACAAGGAGGAAGAACUCGAGGUCGUUAUGCAAAAAGUCGACAGCUUACGACAUGAUAUUCGAAAGGCUGAGAAGCUUCGCCGAGAAUUGGAAAAUAGAGUCGAGGAAGCGAUGGCUGAGACGAGCAAAGAAAGAAAAUUGCGAGAACGAAGUGAAGAAUAUUGUAAGCAGAUGCAGGAAGAGACUGAGAAAAUCAGACAGAGGUCAGCUGGAAACGAUACGAGUACUAAUAAUGCUCUCGCGACUCAAGAGAUUAAUAGGCUCAAGGCCGAGGUUGAAAAACUUGAAGUUCAAUAUAAUGAAAAUCUUAAUCAGCAACAGAGUAGAUAUAAUUUAGAGAUGCGAAGUCUUCAAGAGCAGCUGCACGAGGGAGAGGCGAGAAGAGAACUUUUGGAAAGAGAGGUCCACUUGACGAAAGAAAAAUUGGAUGCUGCGAGACUCGAAAAUAUUACUGACAGCGAGGAAACCAUCAGUGAAUUGACGAGACGACAUGAAAGGGAGAAAAUGAUGCUUGCUGAAGAAAAUAAAAAGCUUUUGCUUGAAUUGAAUUCGGUUACGGAUAGUGUUAAUAGAAUACAGUCGGAGAGAAGACAGAUCGAGGAGGAAUAUGAGGAAUUGAGGAAUAAGAAGGAGGCUAUUGCGCAGUGGGAGGCUCAAAUCACCGAGAUUAUUCAGUGGGUUUCGGAUGAAAAAGAUGCGAGAGGAUACUUACAGGCUUUGGCUACGAAAAUGACAGAAGAACUGGAAUUCCUGAAACACUCUGGUGGAGUCGGCGGAGUCGGAAGCGUUUCUACAAUAAGCGACAAAAAUUGGAGGAAUCGCAGGUCACAAAAGCUGGAUAAAAUGGAGCUUCUAAAUCUUCAGAGUUCUUUGCAGAGCGAAAUUCAAGCGAAGCAAGCCAUUUCGGAGGAACUUACGAAAACUCGAUCCGAUCUAAUUGCAGCACAAAAAGAGCUUCGAGAUUUCAAGCAACGGCUCGAUUCUGUGUCGCAUGAGAUGAAACGGAAAGAAAUGCAGAUAAAAGAACUGCAGACGCGACUAGAAUCUGGCGAUAGCUCACUUCUAUCUACCAAAUCUUCAAACAUCGUCACAACCAAACCCCAGAGAAUCAUCGUGCACCAGCCGUCAUCACCCCUACCAGUAAUGCGUGCCCCCCACAUCACCAAAUGUCGCUUAUUAACUAGAUUUGUUCCUGCCAAUUCAAUGGUUAAUCGCGAUGCCGCCAGCAUCAAAUCGUCGCCUGUUUUGGAAAGGCCUACCUCCCAAAUGUCGUACUUGGAACAUUUCCUGAAGGAAACCGCUAGCAGUACUCGUCAUGGAAGUGUGGAUAGUGUAGAAGGUGAUAUUGAAGACAACAGAGCCCCAAGUAUCGCAAGUAGUAAAAGCAACCUCUCCGAACUUAGUAUUGAUCCAACCUCUCCUCUAUCACAUGAGUUACUUAACAAAUCCUCGGCAGCUCACAGUCAAUCGAAUUUACAACCAAAGCCAAAGUCUCAUCAAUUUUUGGUGCGGACUUUUUCAGCCCCAACAAAAUGCAAUCAUUGUACUUCAUUAAUGGUUGGCUUGACGAGACAAGGAGUCGUUUGCGAAGUCUGUGGCUUUGCUUGUCACAUGCCUUGCUGCGAUAAGGUGCCUCCAAUGUGUCCGGUUCCACAUGACCAGACUAAACGACCUUUAGGAAUUGACCCGACAAGAGGCAUUGGGACAGCCUACGAAGGUUACGUAAAAGUCCCAAAAAUGGGUGGCGUAAAAAAAGGUUGGGUGCGUCAAUUUGUGGUUGUCUGUGACUUCAAAUUAUUCCUCUACGACAUUUCGCCGGACAGAAAUGCAAUCCCCUCUGUUUACGUAUCCCAAGUUUUGGAUAUGAGGGAUGAGGAGUUCAGUGUCAGCUCUGUGCGAGACUCUGAUGUUAUACAUGCGACGAAGAAAGACAUUCCAUGUAUAUUUAGAAUAACAACAUCCUUGCUGGAACCACCCGGAUUGCGGAACCAUACGUUAAUGCUUGCUGACACAGAAAGUGAAAAGACUAAAUGGGUAGUGGCCUUAAGCGAACUUCAUCGGAUUCUCAAAAGAAAUAAUCUCCCUAAUACAACAAUUUUCAGAGCUAAGGAGCUGUUGGAUAAUACACUCGCGUUAAUUAAAAACGUGAUAUCAGGAGCAAUCAUAGACCCGGAUCGUCUAGUCAUUGGCACGGAGGAAGGCUUAUUUUGUUUAGAUUUAGAUCGUAGUGAAAUUGCAAGAGUCGGGGAGGGAAAGAAGAUAUAUCUUCUCGAAUAUGUAACGGAGGAGCAAUUAAUAGUAGUACUUAGUGGAAAACAGCGUCAUGUGCGUUUAGUUCCUGUUCGCGCUUUGGACGGAGACGAAGUUGAGUGGAUCAAAGUCGCCGAAACGAAAGGGUGCAUCACUUUAACAACCGGAGUCGUGCGUCGAAAUCCUCUGACUUACUGUCUCUGUGUAGCAAUUAAGAAGCAAAAUGCCUCGCAAGUCAUUAUUUAUGAAAUCACACGUACGAAAACAAGACACAAGCGCGUUCGUGAACUGAUGCUGCCUUGUCACGCACAAACGCUGCAAGUUCUAUCCGAAGGACGACUGUGUGUUGGAUACCCGUCUGGUUUUUCUAUUUACAGCAUUCUAGGAGAUCAUCAACCUAUUUCAUUGGUCCACCCUGAAAAUGCUCUUCUAGGCUUCUUAACGUAUAGUGCAGUCGACGCUUUGCGUUGUAUCGAAUUACCAAAAGGAGAAUUCUUAUUGGUUUUCCACACGUUGGCAGUUUACGUGGAUAGUCAAGGGAGGAAAAGUCGCGAUAGGGAAAUUAUGUAUCCCGCUGUUCCUACGGCAGUCAGUUAUUGCGAAGGUUAUCUGCUCGUCUAUAGCGAAACUCAUGUCGAUGUCUUCGAUUGCACGACCGGAGAUUGGUUACAAACCCUUAACGUUAAAAGAGCAAGGCCACUAAAUACUUCGGGGUCCCUCACGACCUGUGCCAUCAACGAUAUGCCACACGUUAUCUUUUUAAGCAACUUGCAUCAACGUGAACUAUUAAAUUUGUCACCAAUGGAUACAAGUGGAAGGCAAAUGACACGACCGAGGAGAAGAUUCUCGUUGAGGGAGGGAAACAGAGCCGCUCGUCCUACUGAUCGCCGAUCGAAAAUGAUAUCGGCGCCCACGAAUUUUAAUCACAUCAGUCAUAUGGGACCUGGAAAUGGGAUUCAGAUUCAACGUUUGCUGGAUUUACCGACGACGUUGGAAACUGCUGAUCAACCGCCGCCCCCUUACGCUGCUGUAACGAGUCACCAUAGUGGCGCUCAUUUUCACGGAGGUCCACAGCGAGUAUACAGUUCUGGAUUACAAGCUCCUAACAAACCGGCACCUCUACCACCAAGACAUCCUCCCUCUGAUUCUCGACGUCUAAGUUCACACAUGUCGAAACAUUCGGGAUACUCGCCCCAUAAUGGAUCAGCAUCUGCUAGGAGAGGUCCAGCUCCGCCAAGACCCACAGCUACACCUCCAUCUUUACCGCGCACACCUGAUCAGGUUGAUUCUGAUUCAUUGCAUAUGAGAUCACACACGCCCCUUUCUCUUGGCAGCAUUUCGUCCUUACAUGAUAAGGAACCAGUAUCCGGUGGAAGUCCUCGACAUUCGAUAGCCUCGAAUAAUAGUUCAAAUCCAUCAACGCCUCCAAGUCCAGCGCAUGAUCAUGGAUCGUCGUCUUAUGAUUCAUGAGCGAUCAACGUAAGAGGGGCGUGUACCUAGAGUCGAAAGAUACUCGCCAUCCUGUUAGAUUGUACAUGAAAUUUCUAGUUUUAGGCUAACAUUAGGUUGAGUAUCCUUGGUACUGAUCUUUUUUUUUAUACUAGAGCAAUCAUUGUUUUAUAUAUGGUCUUUUGCCUAAAACGUUACCAAACCGUUCUUCACCUUACUGCGUGUGUACAGUUUCAGUUAAUCCAAUUAACGAAUCACGAUCGCAAGUGACGUCGCUUUGUUCGCUUGGAAGCGAUUAAGACAGAUCCCUUUUUUACAUUUUCGAUUAUUUAACCCCCCGUCAUGCCUAAAUUACUGCCAAUUACCUUUCACAGUACAACGACACAAGAUCACUGAACAAAAAAAAACGAAAUUCAGAGAAAGUUUGACCAUGGAGUUAACAUUCUAGAAAUCUGAUCUGAAUAAUUUAGACUGAAUGCAUUAAUCUUAGUGAUUGUUUAAUUUCCGAGUUUCUGGUAAAAAUGUCCUCAAAGGAAUCGUUUUUCUCACAAGCGAAGACAUAACGAGUAAAUUUUGUAGUGCGCGGCCGGAAUAUGCAAAGGCAUAGGGUUAAGUAACUCAUUCUACGUUUUCUAUGUUCUUUUUUUUACCUUAAAUUAUUCCAUUACAUCCACAAAUUGUCAUGGAUGCAAGACCAUAAUAAUGUGCAUAAUUUCUUUUUGUUUAUUAACAAAAAAUCAUCCAGCAUAAGAUUCUGAAGGUACCCCCAGAUUCGCUUUAGGUACUGUCCCAGUACUAUUUGCGUCCUAGGGACGUGAAACUAUAAUAAUUAAUCGAUAUAAUGUAUGUAUAUUUUACAUAAAUUUGCUUGGAACUUGCGAAAAAACAUUUUUCACGACGAUACGGAUUUUUCAACUUAAGUACGCCUAAGUAAUGAGUUUCAUUUUCUGAGUAACUUAGCAAAAAAUGAAUGUACAUAAUUUAUUAUUUAAAUCAUUAACAGAAAUAUGAGUCGUAGCUUAUUAGCAAAGUCAUUAUCGCGAAGCUUCGGCUGGAGUUGUUUGUUUUUUUUGCCUAUUUUAUAUUUUUUUCUUGGAUUUUCUAUUGCUUUCUGCUGAAAAAAAAACGAAAUUGUAUUGAAAUGUUGGAAAUUCUUUUAUAAAAUUUUUCUAUAUAAAUUUUUUAUUGAGCCUCUACCGAACUUCAUUAAGUCUUAGAGAUGAGUCUAUUCAUCAUUGUGAAUAUUAAGUCAACAAUCUUAAGUGCAAUUUGUCAGAACCUUAUGCUGAAAAUAUUUAGGAACUUGGUUCAGUUAGAAAUAUUCCCGUUGGCAUUGUUUAAAACACAAAAUGCCAUGUGGAUUGUAUUACUAUAUUAUAAUUCUUGCGAUGUGAAGGAAGAGUGCAUGAGUUAAAUAAAAUAAUUUGUAUCUACCA